UAGCAAGGUCCAUCUGCAUCUCUCUCCCAAAAAGCCAAGAAGAAACAACUGAAGGGGCGGAAAGAAACCACAAGCCGCAACCAUGAACGGCACAGAGGGACCAUUUUUUUAUGUCCCUAUGGUAAACACCACUGGUAUUGUUCGGAGUCCUUAUGAUUACCCUCAGUACUACCUUGUCAACCCAGCAGCCUAUGCUGCUUUGGGCGCCUACAUGUUUUUUCUCAUUCUUGUUGGCUUCCCCAUCAACUUCCUCACUCUCUAUGUCACCAUCGAACACAAGAAGCUGCGAACCCCUCUAAACUACAUCCUGCUCAACCUUGCGGUGGCUGAUCUCUUCAUGGUGUUCGGAGGAUUCACUACAACGAUGUACACCUCCAUGCAUGGCUACUUCGUUUUAGGACGCCUUGGCUGCAAUCUGGAAGGAUUCUUUGCUACCCUUGGUGGUGAGAUUGGUCUGUGGUCACUGGUUGUUCUGGCUAUUGAAAGGUGGCUGGUUGUCUGCAAGCCCAUCAGCAACUUCCGCUUUGGUGAGAACCAUGCUAUUAUGGGUUUGGCCUUCACCUGGCUCAUGGCCUGUUCCUGUGCUGUGCCCCCCCUUGUCGGCUGGUCUCGUUACAUCCCAGAGGGCAUGCAGUGCUCAUGCGGAGUCGACUACUACACCCGUGCAGAGGGCUUCAACAAUGAGUCCUUUGUUAUCUACAUGUUCAUCUGCCACUUCCUCAUUCCCCUCACUACUGUGUUCUUCUGCUAUGGCCGCCUGCUCUGCGCUGUCAAGGAAGCUGCUGCUGCUCAGCAGGAGUCCGAGACCACCCAGAGAGCUGAGAGGGAAGUCUCCCGCAUGGUCGUUAUCAUGAUCAUCUCCUUCCUGGUUUGUUGGCUUCCCUACGCCGGAGUGGCUUGGUACAUCUUCACACAUCAGGGCUCCGAUUUUGGACCACUCCUCAUGACCAUCCCGGCCUUCUUCGCCAAGAGUUCCUCUAUCUACAACCCAAUGAUCUACAUCUGCAUGAACAAGCAGUUCCGCCACUGCAUGAUCACCACCUUGUGCUGCGGGAAGAAUCCCUUCGAAGAGGAGGAAGGAGCAUCCACCACUGCUUCCAAAACCGAGGCCUCCUCUGUUUCCUCCAGCUCUGUGUCUCCUGCAUAAAAGGAGCAAGAAGAAAAGGCUCCAGAAGCUACCAUCCAAGAAGAAGACUUCUGCCCUCCCAGGGAAACGACUGAAGGCUAAUGUCUAUAAAAAUAUCUUUCUUUUUGUAUUUUUACAAACCAGUUGGUUCAACCUAAAGACAGUUGCAGGAAAGGUCAGCCCAUUACAGAGUUGUUCCUGUAUGUACAGAAUAUCCAACUAAAUAAUCUUUGACAUGUUUUGUUUUUCCUCAGAAGAAAGGAGAAAGAACAUUUCACAGUUGGAUCUUAAAUGAUAACUGGCUUACUUUUGAAUGUAGAGGCAUGUAUUCAAGGCAAUGUAAAAUAAAACGCACUUUGCAAAUGA